UUCAGUUCAUUUUAAAACAUUGUCGUGCUAAGUUGAAAUCGCAAGUUGAAAGAAAUCUACAAAAAAUAAAAUAUAUUAUUUUUCCUCUCUAUACUCUCGACACCCAAGAAAACAGGAAUACUACAAAAAUUAAAGCGAAUCAACAGAGAAAAAUAAAAAUAAUAUUUCUCAUUCUUGGAAAUAUAAAUACCCUAUUUUUACCCUUUACCAUGAGGGGACAAAAACUCCAAUACAUAGCAUCGUUGCUGGUUAUAUUACUGGCUACUGGUCAACUUGCAGAAUGUAAGCGUACCUACAGUAGUCGCAGUCGCGGUAGUAGCGGCAGUAGUAGCAGCAGCAGCCGUCGAACAUCACAUUCCUCUUCGUCGGUUACAAAGCCGUCAUUUUCAACAUCAAAUUCACACGCUGAAUUAUCAAAGCUUAGCUAUUCCGGUUAUAAUUCACAGCCAAAUAAACCGAAACCAAGUGCUCCGGUAGCACAGCCAGCUCCAGCAAUUGGAUGGAAUCCACCCAAGGCGCAGGGACCGCCACCAGCAUAUUCGGCAACAAAUCCAAUUGGCGGAGCUAAGCCAAAUAUUCAUGAAGCAGCGCCAGCAUAUAAACCAAAUUAUGCAGCGCCACCAUCCUAUUCGGCGGCAACAAAUACCAAUAACCAGAAUCGACCAUUCGGAAGUGGCACAAAUACUGGUAGUUCAUAUGGCACCGGAGGAACUGGCAACUACGGCAGUGCAGGAGCUCAUUCGGCUGGCACAGUUUAUAGACCAAGAAAUAAUUCGACUGGCUUUGGAUCGGGAGGAGUUCAUACACCAAUUCACGCUACCAAUACUCAAGGAGUUCAAUCGAGCUAUCCUAGGCAGCAAAUGCCCGCUGGAGCAACCUAUUACCCGUCUAGUGGAAGUCUUCCAGCUGGCGCAGUAUAUCAUCCCCAGGGACUUCCAGCCGGAGCCUCAUAUCACCCACAAGGACUUCCAGCCGGAGCUUCAUACCACCCACAGGGAUUACCUGCCGGAGCAUCAUACCAUCCACAGGGACUACCAGCAGGUGCAACCUAUCAUCCACAAGGAGUUCCUGCAGGAGCAACAUACUAUCCAUCAGCUGGAGGAAUUCCACCCGGAGCAACUUACUACCCAUCGGCUGGUGGAGUUCCACCAGGUGCAAGCUACUAUCCAAUGGGACAAAUGCCACCAGGCGCAACUUACUAUCCACAGGCUUCUCCAACAAUUGUUCAAAAAUCAUCUGGACCUGGUUUGGGAACCGGUUUGAUUGCGGGAGCUGUAGGAGGAGCUAUUCUUGGCCAUGUCUUGACCCCCUCUGGAUCUAACAGCGGAACUUCCCAUUACAAUCAUCCUGCUCCAGCUGUCAGCUCCUCAGACGGUGAUAGAGACCGCAUCAUUAUCAUCAACAAUGGACCACCAGGCUCAGUGACAACAACCAAUGCUGACGGAACGACUGUUAUUAAUAGUGGAGGUUCUGCUGCUCCAGCUGCACCAGCCGCUGCUGCACCAGCCGCACCAGCUGCCCCUGCUGCACCAGUCGCUCCAGGUGCACCAGCUGCACCUGCAGCACCUGCUGCAGCCUCGCCAUCGGUCGAGCCACCAGUUCCUUUAGCUCCAUUUGCUCCGGGAACUUUCGACAAUAACAAUGCUCCACCCGCAGCCGACGCAGCAGUGACACCAGCUCCAGCUGCUCCUGGUGCAGUAACACCAGCUCCUGAUGCUGCAGCAGCAGCACCUCCACCACCACCACCAGGUGGCCUCAUUUGCGUUCCAAUCAUGGUUAAUGUCACUGAUCCUGCUGAUCCAACAAAACAAACCCAAGUCGAACAAAUCGCAUGCUAUCCUGCUCCACCAGCUCCCCCAGCCGGUGAAGCCACACCAGCACCCGGUGCCUCCGCUGCACCAAAUGGAGAAGCCCAACCAGCUACAGUAGCUGAACAACCAAUGCAACAGCAACAACAAGCCGCUAUUAAUGCCGCUGUUCCAACUCAGAGAACAUCAACCGCUGAGCUGCCCGACAGUUCACCCAUCCAAAAGGCUUCCAGUGGAGCCAAUUCUAUCUACGCAAUGUUCUCAUCGUCAAUGUUUGCAUUUUUAUUAGCUUAUUGCAUUCGUUAUGUUUAAGAAAUGAACAUCACAGACAAAAACCAACAACAUUAACAACCCAUAGCUUAAUCAUUAUCGGCAAAACUAGUCUUGGUACCUCAAAUGAAACAUUAGGAGACAAAAUUACACAGCUUUGUAAUAUUGGACACAGCUUUUUGUAUAAUUUUUUUUCUUUUUAUUGAUAAUGAUAUUGAUAUUAUUAGAAUUGGCGCGCAUUGUUUUUUCAUUCUUUUUUUGUGAUAUUGAAAAGAAAAGAAGAAGAAAAAAGAACAACAAAUAAAUUAACAAAAAGCUUAUUAAGUAGAAUAGUAGCUUUUUACAGACAAAAUAAAAAGAAUUAGAUAAAUCUCUCUCUUUACAAAAAUAAAAAAAAACUAAAUAUUUAUACAAAAUUAUGUACAAUAAAUGUUUCUCACAUCAUUUGCAUGUAAUCAGAACACAGACCAAAAGUAACUUUAUAUGGCUUAUAAAUAAUAAUUCAAACAUUCGUGAAUAAUUGUUAACAAGAACCAACUUCUAACUGUGCCUUGUUUUAUAUUUCAAGUUUUUUUUUGUUUAUUUUUCUUUCUUAUUGUUUUUUUUUAGUGUUAUUAAUUAUUUGUAAUAAAUGUUUAUAUUAAAUAUAUACUCAAUACAUGUAUUUGUAUUUGAGGAUGAGAGAUAUAUUUUCCAAAACAAAAAAAAUUGAUAUUAAUAAAUGUUUAAAAAAAUUAAAACUUCAAAAAACAAAAUAUUAGAUUUAAAACAA